AUGUCGCACGAAGAGCCAAGUACAAUGGACUCGGCGAAGAAUGAAGUCGAAAUGGAGAGCUGCAGCGAGAGCAUGGCGCCUGGUGCUUGGGCAGGCUCCACCGCCGCCAACGUCAACAAGUUUAAAAAUGAUGCGCAUCCAAAGGACGGCUACAGCGUCAUGAACGAGUUGCGCAAGCAAGGAAGUCUCUGCGACGUAACACUCGUUGCUGAAGGCCGCCAAUUCCCCGUCCACAAGAUCAUCCUCGUUUCUUCAUCGCCCUACUUCCGUGCCAUGUUCAACGGCACCAUGUCCGAAUCCUCUCAAGAUGUCGUCAAUCUCGCCGGCGUCCAAGCAACAGCACUUCGCCAGCUCAUCGAAUACAUUUAUUCAGGUGAGGUCGAAGUGACUGAGGAAAAUGUACAGAGCUUGUUGCCUGCGGCUAAUUUAUUGCAACUGUCUUGGGUCCGCGAUUCAUGUUGUCGAUUUCUUCAAUCUCACCUUCAUCCUUCAAACUGUCUCGGAAUCCGCUCAUUUGCUGAUGUUCAUUCUUGUUCUGAUUUGCUGCUUGCCUCGACCAAUUUUACAGAAGAAAACUUCGCCGAAGUCGUCAAAGGCGACGAAUUCUUGAGCCUUUGCGAAGCUGAUGUUUGUGCGCUCUUUUCCUCCGAUCAGCUGAGCGUAAUUUCGGAGGAAAAGGUUUUUGAUGCUGCUAUGGAAUGGGUCCGUUUUGAUGUUUUGGAGAGGAAGAAAUCUCUUCGGGCGCUACUUGAAAACGUCCGACUUCCUCUUCUUACCAAAGAAUUCUUGGUAAGUAUAAGCCAGGAGAACGAUCUGCUCAAAGAUGCCGACAAGGACUGCAAAGAUCUCAUCAUUGAAGCCCUUACUUAUCAUCUACUGCCUAUUGAACUGAAAGCCAAACGAGGCGGUUCGACAAGAACUCGUCCAAGACUUCCACUAGGCCUUUCAAAAGUACUGAUCAUCGUUGGCGGACAAGCUCCAAAGGCAAUCAAGAAAGUCGAAGCGCACGAUUUCAAAAAUGAAUGUUGGACGCGACUUACUGAUAUGACCACAAGGCGAUGUCGCGCAGGCGUAGCGAAUUAUAAAGGCUUUAUUUGGGCUGUCGGCGGCUUCAACGGCUCACAGCGCGUGCGAACGGUAGAUAUAUUCGACCCUGUGAAGGGCGAGUGGAAUCCAGGUCCACCAAUGGACGCAAGGAGAUCAACACUCGGAGCUGCAGUUCUCAACAAUAAUCUUUACGCUGUGGGCGGCUUUGACGGUGCAUCUGGGCUCGACACCGCUGAAGUCUACUCUGAGAAGAAAGAGUGUUGGUGUCGUAUCGCGGACAUGACGACGCGGCGAUCAUCUGUGGGCGUUGGAGUCGUCGGGUCCUUCCUCUACGCUGUCGGCGGUUACGACGGAGCUCAGCGACAGUGUCUUAGUUCUGUCGAGCGCUACGAUCCUGACGCUAACGAGUGGUCAAAAGUGGCGGACAUGACAACAAGAAGAUCAGGCGCUGGAGUAGGCGUUGUUGAUGGACUCUUGUACGCAGUAGGUGGUCAUGACGGUCCUAAAGUCAGAAAGUCUGCAGAAGUUUAUAACCCUCAGUGCAAUAGCUGGACCCAGAUCGCUGACAUGCACAAUCGUCGUCGCAACGCUGGAGUCGCCGCUGUCAAUGGCUUCAUUUACGUUGUUGGCGGCGAUGAUGGAACAACAAAUCUCAACACUGUUGAGUUUUACAACCCGCAAACUGACACUUGGGAAUGGCUCGAAUCGACCAUGGAAGUCGAGCGAAGCUAUGCUGGUGUAGCUGUUAUUGACAACCCUCAAGUUCUCGAGCUGUUUGGCUCUCGUCAGAAUCGAAGCAUAGAGGCAGAAGCUGACGAGCGAGUUGAGAACGAGCGCUUUGACUUGUAA